CAGCCAACCACCAAAAUUAUAACCGCCGCCGCUCAUCUGAUGGAAGCGCCGAGGAUUACGUGCGCCUUGAUUGGAUUACUGACUACGCCAGGACGCCCCAAGGAGCACUCUUCUGCAUGGGAAACAAUGAGGAGCCGCUAUUGCUUUGCUGCAUACUCAAGACUUACCCACAGGCUUGGGCAUGGACGUGAGCACGACCAUCUUAAACUCCUUGACCCCACACUACCCGGCACGAUACUUUCCUCUACCAUGGUCGAAACUUUGUGAUCUCUGCAUUGAGGUUGUUGGUCCCUCUUCGGUGUCUUUGGGUGCGAUUCAGUUCUGUAUUUUUAGCAUUUCAGCUUAAUUCAAGAGAAGGCUCAACAUGGCUGGUCCAGCACUUCAGUUAUUUCCCCCUCCAUCUCGCCCUCCGAGGCAGACGAGUCCGAACCGAAGGCUCCGAAUAAAGACGCCGACCCCAGAGCCGGUUCCUGUGGCAGAAAAGAUGGAGAAUGCAAAGAGCACAAAGCCGCCAACCGACUUCCACGAACUCAUUAUCCAAGUCAACUCAGUUCCGGUAUCGCCCUCGAGCUCAAUAGCCCCUCCACCCGCGGUACCACCGCCGCCUCCGCGGGUGCAUAUACCUAAUUCUUCAGCCGCGCGGACACCUCCGUCAGAGAGCAGAGCAACCUUCGAAUCACCACCACGCCCAAGAGAGCCGUCCCCGACCCAGCGUCGAAGGGCUCCUCCUAGGGUGCAGGAUCCUCGCGCUGCAUCACCAUCCCUCACAGUCCAAGAUGGCCAAGCCUACAGAAGGUCGCCCAAUUCCAGUCCGGACCCGAACCGAACCACAUCUCCCGCAUUCUCCACGAGUGAUACCCUAGUGCGAGCGAAUAGCACGGCAACGCAGGUCCGGAGUGUAUCGCCGCGACAAGAAGUACCCAUGCGGUCAAUGUUCCCGGUCUUCGACCCGACGAAGCCUCUCGCCCAACAAGCAUACAAGCCUACGCAAGCAUCACCUACACACAUCCCAGCAUCAAAAGUCAGCCGGUCACCGUACUCUCCCGAGUUCUAUGUUCCACACAGUAACGUCACAGGAGACGGUAGCACGAGCCCACCACCCAAGCCAUUCUUCACGCCCUCACAUCUGCUCGAUAAUCUUUGGGUAGCCACCAACGGCCAGGAAGAACCGGCUGUACAACUAUACGCUCUACGAAUGCAUCGGGCAACGGCAGCAAACCCAACAGUAACUUUCGGCACAACCCCGUCUCUUCCAUUCUACAGUCUGGCGCAGUCUAAUUUGGCCGGGGAGCAUGAGAUACCGAGUAUCAUGAACGAGCUAUUAAUCCAACGCCACCAUCCUACCCAACCACGCGUCCUCCCUGUUUCCCACCUCGACCUCAUCGCACCGCCGUCAAUGGACAACAGCCUCUUCGAUCCUCAUCAGCAGGAGCCAGUGACUCUCCUAACCAGCAUCUUCCCUAAGCUCGCCGCGCUGGCCGCACUUGAUGCUGCGGCCAACUCGCCCGCUGCAACCCACAUAGCACUCGCAGAUCCUGGUGCCACAUCCCCCGCCGCUCAACGCCUGGCUGAGGAUGUGCUGGCCGGUGCAGCGCAGCGCGAAUGCUGUGCACUAUCCUGGACCCGCGACUCUACAGAGCAGCAAACGAAUCCCUGGGCUCAGCACAUGCCAUCCGCAGGCACAUAUCAUCUCCACCAUCCCACCCUCGGAUCAUUCCCCAUCCAACUCGAAGGCGACUGCUCGGUCAUCAACACGCCUUCAACACGCCCCGUGACCGCUAUCUACGGCCAUAACAUGCCCCCAACUGCACAACUACCCCGCCAAAAGCCCGCCUCAAUAACCCUCCUCAACCCAUACAUCCUCUCUCCUUCCUCGCCACGAGCAAACGCAUUCUCCCCUCUCCACCCACCGCCCCGGAUAGACAGCCUCAACUCGGAAACCCGACCCAUAUCCAUCACGCCCUCCGAAAUGUCCGUCGGCCAGCUCCCCACCACGACCGACGCAGCCCAAGACGACGCCAUGCUCGCCCGGCUCGACUUUAACAACGAUGCACUCAUCCUCAACCUCGGCGCCUUGACUCGUUUCGGCAACCCCUUCCUCGUCGACGUCGCUGCCUCCGCCCUCCUCGCCGUCGCAGUCGCAGAAGCAGUCCGCGGAAGACACAGAGCAAAGUCCAUUCGCGAGAACUUCGAGCCUCCGCCCCCCAGUAUUCUGCUAGGCCCAAAGCCGGAAUCAGACCUUAAGCCAUUCAAGGAAGCUUUCCGCGAAGGAUUCAAUUCCUGGGGCGGCAAAACGAAGAAUCCGACAUCCAGCCUGAGAAAAUCCUCGCUGAAUAAGACUCCCACAGUCUCGUCUUCGAAGAGCGGCUCGUUCGACAAGGAUAUCGAGUUGGGUGAGUGGUAUGGACAGGGGAAGACGAAGGCCAGUGCGAAAGCGGCAAAGAAGGCAAAGCGGAAAGAGGAGGAGGAAGAGAAGCUGCCGGUGGUGACGAGGACGAUUAUUUCGGUGCUAACGUUUGCGUUUAAAGCGAUGGUAUUCGUGCUGAGGAUUGCGAUCAAAGUCGUGGCUGGCGUCAUCGUAAUGAUCACGAGGAAUUUCAGCAAGUUGUAGACGGUGGGGACUGAUUACGGGGUAGGGGCGCGCGUUGUAUAUAUUGUAGGGUGAUGAUGGACUUUGGUUUCCAGCGACGAUUACGAUCGGCGCUUUCUACUUGGGAUGGAUGGAGGGAUUUCUUUUGCUUGGUAUGAUACCACUCUUCAUGACUGUCUUUUAAUCCCUCUUUUAUACCAUACCAUACCAUAUCUUUCUGGGGAAUUCAAGGUGCUACUGGUGUAGCAUGUAGUAAUUGAUCGUCUCAUGGAAUUUCAUUAUUUGCUGC